CUGAGAACUAAGACUUCAACGAGCAUGUCUAGACCCCUUGAUAAGAUUGUUGAACAUGAACCAGAAGGAACGUCUCCGUCACAAGAAACGGUGGAAGAAGAUACUCUUGCAAGUGGAAGGGGUGGAUUGGAAAUUUCAUCCAACACUGACAAUCAAGAGGAGGCUUCUAAAGUUGACCGUGAUAUGCAAAACAUGCUGGGAGAAGCUUCACUGCCGGAACCGUUGGAGUCAGCGCCUGGAGAAGCUGCAGCCAUAUACAAUUCUGCUUUAGACAUGACGCUGAAGGCCCUCUUGAACAUUAAGGUUCUUAAAGAAGAUUUAAAGCACAAUGGCCAACCAUUUCAUGAAGAACAAGUUCCUUCUGCGUUGCAAAAUUUCUUUACUGCUUUUGUGUCAGAGGAGAUUAAAAAUGAGGGAAUCUACAGUGUCCUCUUGAGCGACUUGCUUGCUUCUCUAAAAGAAGUUAAUCCCAUGUCGAGUGAUGCUGAUGGGGUACUUGUAGAGAUCCUUGAGUUUUGGCAGUGCUGGAAAAAUCCAGAAAGAGAAAGCUUGGUGACUCGCCUUAUAACGUACGAGGAAAAUGAAAGAAUGAGUUGUAGAAAAUGCAGAAGGGAUUCAAAUGAUCCAAAGACUGCUUAUGGUAUUGUUAUAGCUGCAGGUUCAAUCAGAGAAGUGAUGUGUGCUUUUGGGAAUAUGAAGUUUGUGGAUAUCCUUAAGCUGAUCCGCAAGGAAAAUAAACUGGUAUGUGACGUUAAAACAGGAGGCUGUGGAGAGACAAACUUUGUUCAUCACAGUAUAAGUAAAUCCCCGCCUAUUUUCACAAUCGUGUUAGAAUGGAAGAAGAGUGAAACUGAAAAAGAAAUAUCUGAAACAACAAAGGCUUUGGAGUGGGAGAUAGAUAUGAGCAGGCUAUACGAAGGCGUAGAACCAAACACUAACUACCAGCUUGUGUCAAUGGUCGGUUGCGGUGAAGAAGAACACAUUUGCCUAGCUUAUGUAAAGAACCGGUGGGUAAAUCGUUGGGUAAAUCUCAGACGGGAGUCUUUCGAAGGAGAGGUUGUUGGUGACUUGAAGAGUGUGGUCAAGUUCUGUGAAGAAAGGAAGAUUCGGCCAGAGAUACUGUUUUAUGAAGCUGCCUGA